GGCCAAAUCAGCGGGAGACAGAGUAGCAGGUGGGUUCAGUUCAGCAAUCACUGAACCCCGGGUUGGAGCGAGGAGCUCUGCUGAGUGCGGAGCCGGGGCAAGUGCGGCCUCCAGGCUCCAGGGCUCCCAGGCUGAGAGGGUCACACACAUCGAAACAGCCGCAGCCUCAGUCCCGCCGCGCCCGCCGCGUCCGCCCGGCGCCCGCUCUGCGUCCCGACCGGCCCGCGGCUGCCCGCUUCGUCGCCAUGGCCACCUCCCCGCAGAAGUCGCCGUCUGUCCCCAAGUCCCCCACUCCCAAGUCGCCCCCGUCCCGGAAGAAAGAUGACUCCUUCUUGGGGAAACUCGGAGGAACUCUGGCCCGGCGGAAGAAAGCCAAGGAGGUGUCAGAGCUUCAGGAGGAGGGCAUGAACGCCAUCAACCUGCCCCUCAGCCCCAUCCCCUUUGAGCUGGACCCUGAGGACACAAUGCUGGAGGAGAACGAAGUGCGAACAAUGGUGGAUCCCAACUCACGCAGCGACCCCAAACUUCAAGAACUGAUCAAGGUAUUAAUUGACUGGAUUAAUGAUGUUUUGGUUGGAGAAAGAAUCAUUGUGAAAGACCUGGCUGAAGAUUUAUAUGAUGGCCAAGUCCUGCAGAAGCUUUUUGAGAAACUUGAGAGUGAGAAGCUGAACGUCGCUGAGGUCACCCAGUCAGAGAUUGCCCAGAAGCAAAAGCUGCAGACUGUCCUGGAGAAGAUCAAUGAAACCCUGAAACUUCCUCCCAGGAGCAUCAAGUGGAAUGUAGACACUGUUCAUGCCAAGAGCCUGGUAGCCAUCUUGCAUCUGCUGGUUGCUCUGUCCCAGUAUUUCCGGGCACCAAUCCGACUCCCAGAUCAUGUUUCCAUCCAAGUGGUUGUGGUCCAGAAACGAGAAGGAAUCCUCCAGUCUCGUCAAAUCCAAGAGGAAAUAACUGGUAACACAGAGGCUCUUUCUGGAAGGCAUGAACGUGAUGCCUUUGACACCUUGUUUGACCACGCACCAGACAAGCUGAACGUGGUGAAAAAGACGCUCAUUACUUUCGUGAACAAGCACCUGAAUAAAUUGAACCUGGAGGUCACGGAACUGGAAACCCAGUUUGCAGAUGGGGUGUACCUGGUGCUGCUCAUGGGGCUCCUGGAGGGCUACUUCGUGCCCCUGCACAGCUUCUUCCUGACCCCGGACAGCUUUGAACAGAAGGUCUUGAACGUCUCCUUUGCCUUCGAGCUCAUGCAAGACGGAGGAUUGGAAAAGCCAAAACCACGGCCAGAAGACAUUGUCAACUGUGACCUGAAAUCCACACUGCGAGUGUUGUACAACCUCUUCACCAAGUACCGGAACGUGGAGUGAGGGGCAGACUGGACCGUCCCCUGAACCGCCUUAACCUGCUUAUUCCUGUCUCUUGCUCUGUGCUCUCUCCCAAGUCCGCCUGCUCUAUUCCCAGAGAUAGUGGAAACUGAGAUUAGGAAGGAAAUGAUCAGUAAGUCAGUGGGCUGACCCACACCUCCCAGGCUCUAAAGCUGACCCUGCAAUGGCUUGUGAAGGUUGUCGCCAUCCUGGUGCCAGGUCCAGAUUUCCCUCAGUGUGAUUUGGAACCAACUUAGGCACAAGAGCCCACUCACCCUCAGAAGAUGAAAAUAAAGAUAACAGUUACCAUUUAAUGGGUAUAACCUAUGGGCUGGGCACCACACUAAGUGCUCUGAGCUACUCAAACUCACGAAUACUCAUGACUCCUAUUGAAGCAGAUGUUAUCAGCCCCUUUUACAGAUACGGAAACUGAGGCUCAGAGAGUUUACAUGACUUGCCAGAAGCUGCCAUUUGUUUUUCUUCUUUGAAGAACAUAUGUGUUAAUAACCAGCCCGUUGCAUUACAGUCUCUGCACAUUCUAUUCUUGUGUGUGUGUGUGUGUGUGUGUGUGUGUGUGUGUGUACGUGUGCACCUGUGCCCUCCAAGAAGACAGGAGCCCCCUGAUCUCACCACCAGGCAGGCUAGGUCAGGGCUCAGUGAUUCACACUGAAAUUGGCAAAUCAAAUUUCACCCAUUAAUAGUGUGUGUGUGGCAGGAGUCAUGUCCCUCAACUCCUUCGCAAAUGAAAAUUACUCUUAAUUCCUUCAGAUUUGUAAUAACCCCUUACUCUGGUUUCAGGGUGACAUUUGGGGUGGAUUCUGUUUAAAAUUAAUGGAGUGGCACAUUUUGCAGCCUUCUUGCUUGAUUGCAUGUAAUGGAAGUGCCCUAUAUUUUCCUACAAAAUAAGUCCUCAACUCACUAUCGUUAGGCAAAUGUACAAUAUACCCAGGCACCACAGAGAGCUGGGCGCGGGCCCAUGCGAGCAGGGCUUGGGAAAUAGGGCUCUUCAACAGGGACCCUUGAGCUUAAAGAAAGGAACUCCUUUUUGCCCUCUAAUUGAUCAUUUAGACCAUUUCUGGCUAAGUCUGCCCACAUGCAAUUACUGGCUAAUUCAGGCGAGGAAAAAUGUAAGUUAUUUAGACCCAAGCUGAGUGGUUUCCUUGCGUGGGUUACCCGCAGGCUUGCGGUUACAUGGAUCCCCUCUACGUGAACCCAAGUUUGGGCUCUAGUUGUCCCAGCCUGCGGGGCCUGGAGGGAUAGGAAAGGGGAUGAAGUGGGGGUGAGUAGGAGGACAAGAAGCGUGGGGCAAAUACUUGCACACUUAGUAUGCAUGGGACCCCCUUAGACCGAAGGUUGCAGCUUGGGGUACUUAACAUUCGUACUCAUAAGUUGACCAAGCCCUUGGGAUAAUUAAUAACUUGUACUGAUAUUAUAUCUUCAUUAUAGAAUUUUCCUAAGUAUGCUCGGUGGACACCAGUCUGUAUCCCCACCACCAGAAGUCUAUGCCUGCUUUGUCACUACUUUAGGCCCAAUUGCACAAAGCCCAUCCCUAGUUUGAGGAAUUCACUGUGAUCUCUGUCUACACCACCCAGAGGGAGGCCUCCCAUCAUGUCCAAAACAUUCCUUCCAGCUUUUCAUCACUUCUUACUCUAUGGUCUAGCUGCAGUCACUCAGAACCCAUACAAUUUCGAUAUACUACCUAUUUCUGGGGAGAUUUUGCUUUAAGAAAGAAGUAUUACUCAGCAUAAUGAGCAUUAAGGAUAGAAAGAAAAUGUACUUUCUGUGUCAAUUUGUGUAAAAGUAUACAAUUCUUUUUACAUAAUUAGUGAAAUAUUUCAUUUGUCAUUAGGAAACACUAAAUACUGUGAUAUUCGUUUGCUCUCUUAAAUUCCUGAUAGCAAAUCAACAUAAAUAACUGCUUUGUCUCCUUGAGCAAUACUAAGGCAGGAUGAAAUAAAUAAUGCAUUCAUUUAAACGUGC